AUGCGAGAUGCAUUAACAUUAUUUCUUGAAGUCAGUGCUGCCCGUGGGGCGUGGGAGGCCGCUCUCGCUGCUUUUCACACCGCCGCUUCCACAACAAAUAUAAUAUCAACAACAAUAGCGAGAAGAGAGAGUCUUAUCGUGACGAGUGCGCAUACAUUACUUCUCACACGUAUAUUAGCACAAGCCGGUCAAUGGCAAGAGGCAACACGUAUUGUAAAUACUUUUAAUACUAGUAAUACUAGUAAUAUGAAUAAUAAUAAUAAUAAUAAUAAUAAUAAUAAUAAUAAUAAUAGUGGGGAAGAAAAGAAGAUGGAUUGGCGAUAUCUCUCUGCGAGUCGAGUGGCAAUGAUGGCGGCCGCAGACGCGGGGUGUUGGAUACAAGCCUGUCAACAUUUACAAGAAGUUCACAAGUCUCUUCUGCGGAAUAACUGCAGAGAAUUAAAUGUACAGACGGAACGAAAUCUCUUUGCAAAUACAUUUGAGUCUAAUGUUCUUUCACAUUUACCAGAGGCUCAGCGGGAGUUAUGGUUAACAGCUGUUCAUCAUAUACGAUGUGAUGAAAAGAAUGAUAAUAAAGAGAAUAAUAAUAAUAAUAAACAAGAAGAACAAGUAGAAGGAAUGAUUUCCAUUACAAAUAAUGAGGAAUUACUCCAUAUACAAUAUAAACCUAAAGAACGUUACUCAUGGCUACAGGCUCUUCAGAUCCUUACUACAAUGCCGAAUCCAAAUGCAAUUUCUAUUCAUAUUGUAAUGGAGAUUCUUAGUCGUCAAGGUCGUCGACGUGAGGCUCUUCGUGUACUCACAGAGUUUAUGCCUUCCCAUGCUAUUUCCCCAACCAUUACUACAGUAAAGAGAAUUGCAGAGGCGGCAAACACAAUGCGUUCAUUAGAUCUCUGCAAGGUACUUUUACAAACACUAACACUACGUGAACAGAUCACAGUAGAUGCGGCGAUUCCAUUAGUACUCACUUUGCAGCGAUUGGGUGAAUGGAAAUGUUGUCUUGAAUGGUGGAAUUCACUCCCUAACCCUACAAACAAGAAAAAUAAUAAUAAUAAUAAUAAUAAUAAUAAUAAUAAUAAUAGUAAUAAUAAUAAUAAUUUGGAGAGACUACGGAAUCAUUUAAAGUUGAGUAGUUAUGUUGCUGUCUGUGUGGCUAGAAAUAGUCAGUGCUGGGCGGAGGCACUUGCUAUUAUGCAAGACGCCAAAGUAAAUAAUCCACCGCUUGCAGUUCUCUACGCAUUACGAGCUAUGCGUGUGGCUGGGAAUUGGGAGAUCGCGGUUUAUUUAUUUCAACAAGAGCGAAAUGUCUGGGAAAACUCACAAGUUUCUCUCCAGAUAUGGGAAGUGAUGACAAGACAAAAUGCGGAGAGUUGGAUUCCAUUGACUGUACUACACUCUCUUCGUACAUCAUCUGGUAAAAAUAAAUAA